AUGGCCACUCCAACCAAGACUGAGUCUAGUACCGCUACGCCCACAAUUGUGGAUGUAGCGGUGAUCGGUGCCGGUCUCAGUGGAUUACGGGCUGCAUUGAAUAUUCAGGCAGAAGGGCUCUCCUGUGCGAUUAUUGAAGCCGUUGAUCGAGUCGGGGGGAAGACGCUCACCGUGGCUUCCAAGAAAAGCGGCCCAGGCGUCAACGACGUCGGUGCGGCUUGGAUCAAUGACACAACCCAGAGUGAAAUGUAUAGCUUACUGCGUAAGUAUGGACUGCAGAGCGAAAUUCAAAGGGACACAGGCCUCGAUAUCUGGGAGCAGCCUGAUGGUAGUAUUCUGUCUCCACAUGGCGUAUUGCCGCUAAAGGAAGAAGAACAACUUGUACUGGGUCAAGUAUUUGAAACUUUCAACAAGCUUCUCGCAAACAUCGACUUAGAGAACCCGGCUGCCGGCACAGGGGCAGAGGAGCUGGACCGUGUAUGUCUCCGAGAAUGGUGCCUUCGGGAGUUUCAAUCCGAGGUGAUCUCGAGUCUCUUCAAUUUCAUCAGCCAAUCGUUGCUUGGAAUCGAAAGCAAAGAUAUCAGCGCCCUGGGUUUCCUCCAUUUUUGCAAAACCGCAACGGGACUUGAGGCCGUGAUCUCAGAUUCCAAGCAUGGGGGGCAAUACCUCCGGAUCCGUCAAGGCGCCCAAGCCAUUGCUCAGAAUAUGGCAGCGGGCCUCAAAUCAGGCUCGCUCCAUCUUUCAACGCCGGUCAUUGAAAUCGGACAGGAUGCAGAGAUUGGUGUCUGCACGAUCCGAACAUCCAAUGGCAGAGUAUUCAAGGCAAGGAAAAUCAUCCUUUCUAUUGCUACACCCUUGUACGACAAAAUCAAAUUUAAGCCUGCCCUGCCUUUGGAGAAACAGCGUCUUGCUCGAGAAAACAAGUUAGGCUACUAUAGCAAGAUUAUUUUCGUUUUUGACCAGCCAUGGUGGCGAAAUGCUGGGCUCUCCGGCGAAUUCAAAGCGGUAGGCGAAGGACCUAUUUUGUUUUCUGUGGACACCAGUAUCCCCGAAGACGACCAAUGGUCCAUCAGCUGCUUUGUUGUGGGUGGGCGUGGCCUUGAAUGGUCCCGACUAUGCGAGGAGGAGAGAUAUUCCUCCGCGUGGGCCCAGAUCCGCUCGGCGUUCGAGGGUGCCAAGCUGGAAUCCGGGCACAUUCAGGUCCCAGAGCCGAUUAAUGUCUUGGAGUUUGAGUGGAGCAAGCAGGAUUUCUUCCACGGGGGACCUUGUCCGGCGCCACCGCCUGGACUGUUGUCUUCCAUCGAUGGGUCUGCAGUUCAGCGGCCUUUUGAAAAUAUUCACUUCAUCGGUACUGAGACCGCCCUAGAAUGGAAGGGGUAUAUGGAGGGAGCCAUUCGAUCCGGUGAUAGGGGCGCGCAAGAGGUCAUCGCAGCCCUCCGGAAAAAUUCCAUCUCUUAG